UGUUUUCAAAAAUUUGUUUUCAAUUGAUUUGUUGUUGUAUUUUGUGUUAAUUAUCACUCAAAUUGAUCCCACAAUUUGAUAAUCAUUACUGAAAACAAAACCCAACAAACAAUGGUUCGCCAAAAACAAGUCGCAGCGAAAACCGAUUACCGAUUAAUUAAGCCGAAACCACAAAUGGCCAGAAAGAGUACGUCGGGAGUGGCGCGCGACCAACAACUAGUGUAUUGGCCAUCGACUAGUGGUGGUGGCGGUGGUGAUGUUGGUCAACAACAUGUGAUGUCCGCUCAAACACCGAAUCAACAAGUAGUGGACAACGAGUCGACCGAUGAUUUGUCGGCCAGUACUCAACGAUCGUCGCAGUUUGCAAUCGAAGCGUCCGAUCGAUUGAAUCGUAUAUUGCAAACAAAGCGAUCAUCAAAUGGUCACAUAAGUACUGGCGAUAGUGGACAACAAGUCAAGCGACGGCCGCCGUACAGACGACACAGACCGGGAACUAUUGCACUGAGAGAUAUCAGAAGAUACCAGAAGACGUGCGAACUGCUGAUACCGAGACUACCGUUUCAGCGAUUGGUUCGCGAAAUCGCUGCCCAAAUCAGUGACAAUCUAUUGUUUCAAACGGCCGCCCUUUCGGCACUUCAAGAGACAGCCGAAGUAUAUCUGGUCGGACUGUUCGAAGACGCAAAUCUGUGCGCAAUUCACGCCAAAAGAGUGACAAUAAUGCCCAGAGAUAUACAACUUUCGCGAAGAAUUAGAGGAGAAACCAAUUGAUA